UCCAUCUCCGGCGCCUCGGAGCGCUCUCCGGCUUUGCUGUCUAGCCCGGCGAUCUCUUAGGCGCUUUCACCGCCUUCUUCUCCAGGCCUUGCCCCUUUGACGCCGGCAGUCGCGAUAUUGCGGAGACUGGAUUUCAGCUUCGUGGUCGGCGGAGCGGCCCCUGGAGGGCGCAGUGCGCAGGCGUGAGCGGUCGGGUGCCGACGCGCGCGGGUCUCGUUUGGAGUGGGAGUGAGUUCCUGAGCGAGGGGACCCGGCAGCGGGCGAUAGCGGGGCCAGGUGCCUCCACAGUCAGCCAUGGCAGCGCUACGCUACGCGGGCCUGGACGACACGGACAGUGAGGACGAGCUGCCUCCAGGCUGGGAGGAGAGAACCACCAAGGACGGCUGGGUUUACUACGCCAAAUUUGCCAUACGGAUGGGAACAAGAAACUGAUGAGAACGGACAAGUGUUUUUUGUUGACCAUAUAAAUAAAAGAACUACCUACUUGGACCCAAGACUGGCAUUUACUGUGGAUGAUAAUCCGACAAAGCCAGCCACCCGGCAGAGAUACGACGGCAGCACCACUGCCAUGGAAAUUCUCCAGGGCCGGGAUUUCACUGGCAAAGUGGUUGUGGUCACUGGAGCUAAUUCAGGAAUAGGGUUCGAAACCGCCAAGUCUUUUGCCCUCCAUGGUGCACAUGUGAUCUUGGCCUGCAGGAACAUGGCAAGGGCGAGUGAAGCAGUGUCACGCAUUUUAGAAGAAUGGCAUAAAGCCAAGGUAGAAGCAAUGACCCUGGACCUGGCUCUGCUCCGUAGCGUGCAGCAUUUUGCUGAAGCAUUCAAGGCCAAGAAUGUGCCUCUUCAUGUGCUUGUGUGCAACGCAGCAACUUUUGCUCUACCGUGGAUUCUCACCAAAGACGGCCUCGAGACCACCUUUCAAGUGAACCAUCUGGGGCACUUCUACCUUGUCCAGCUCCUCCAGGAUGUUUUGUGCCACUCAGCUCCUGCCCGUGUCAUUGUGGUCUCGUCAGAGUCCCAUCGAUUUACAGAUAUUAACGACUCCUUGGGAAAACUGGACUUCAGUCGCCUCUCUCCAUCAAGAAACGACUAUUGGGCAAUGCUGGCUUAUAACAGGUCCAAGCUCUGCAAUGUUCUCUUCUCCAAUGAGCUGCACCGUCGCCUCUCCCCGCGCGGCGUCACGUCAAACGCAGUGCAUCCUGGAAAUAUGAUGUACUCCAACAUUCAUCGCAGCUGGUGGGUGUACACACUGCUGUUUACCUUGGCGAGGCCUUUCACCAAGUCCAUGCAACAGGGAGCUGCCACCACCGUGUACUGUGCUGCUGCCCCAGAACUGGAGGGUCUGGGAGGGAUGUACUUCAACAACUGCUGCCGGUGCAUGCCCUCGCCAGAAGCUCAGAGCGAAGAGACGGCCCGUACCCUGUGGGCGCUCAGUGAGAGGCUGAUCCAAGAACGGCUUGGCAGCCAGUCCGGCUAAGUGGAGCUCGGAGCGGAUGGGCACACACACCCGCCCUGUGUGUGUCUGCUCACGCAAGUGCCAGGGCUGGGCCCCUUCCAAAUGUCCCUCCAACACAGAUCCACAAGAGUAAAGGAAGUAAGAGCAGUCACGACAGAGUGAAAAAUGUUAAGUACCAAUGGGAAGCAGGGAAUUCCUGGGGUAAAGUAUCACUUUUCUGGGGCUGGGCUAGUCAUAGGUCUCUUUGCUUUCGGGUGGUGGCCGGUUUGAAAGUAAAAACCUGGUUGGUGUGUAGGUUCCGUAUCUCCCUGGAGAAGCACCAGCAAUUGUCUUUUACUGUUUGUUGUAGAAUAGCCUGAGGUCCCCUCGUCCCAUCCAGCUACCACCACGGCCACCAGGGGCUGGCUUUCUCCUACUUAGGGAAGAAAAAGCAAGUGUUCACCUCUCCUUGCUGCAUUGAUCCAGGAGAUAAUUGUUUCAUUCAUCCUGACCAAGCCUGCGCCAGCUUGGUCACUGCUGGGGAGACAAAUCUCAGAACCUUGUCCCAGCCAGUGAGGAUGGCAGUGACACCCAGACGGAGUAGAAUACGGGGAACUACCACCUGGCAAAGUACUUGUCAUAGACUCCCUCGCUCAUGCUAUACAAAAAAUUCUUUAGAGAUUAUAACAAGUUUUUCAAAUCAUUCCUUAGAAAUCAUUCCUUAGAUACCUUGAGAGGCAGGAAGGGUAGCGUGUAUACUUAAGAAUACACAGGAUAUUUUGGGGGGCAGAGAAUAAAAAGUUAGUUAAUCCCUUUGUCAGUCACAGUCUCAGUUCUCUUGCUUUCACAUUCUGCUUCAACCUCCUGCUCUGCCUCCCAUCCUAUGCUUAAUAAAAGAACAUGCUUGAAUAUGAUCACCUGAACUUUGUAUUGUUUCUUUAAAAGUUUGUUUCAGUUUUUUUGUUUUUGUUUUUUUUUUAGAAAAGAAAUCUAGAGGAAAAAUAAAGCGCUUCUCGUAGACGCCAGGAAAACACGAUUCUUGUUUCUUCUCUGAGUUUGUGUUUUGUUUUUGUGCUUUGUGGCUGUCCGUGGGCCCAGUUGUCUCACGCAAUUAGCAUGCCAGCAUAUUUUCUGUUAAAGAAGAGAAAGAAAAAAGAAAAAUGACUAUUGUUUCAUUUCACCUUAAGAUGUUUUGUUAUUACUUACUUACUUAUAGUGAGUUAUUUUAGUCCUCAAUGGUCUGCUCCCCUGUAAUUAGCAAGUACUUAGUGAUUAGCGGGUACCUGUACGUUUGAAAAUGGGAGCUGUGCAGAAGCUCUUCUCUGCGCAUCCCAUCUCAUGGACACCAUGGUUUCCAGCCCGUUCCAGGAAGCACAUGAGGAAGUCCACUCUGGCAAGAUGGAGGAAAUGCUUUUGCUGAAAUACCAGGAAGGUGUGGAGGCUGGGUGUCAUUGUUCCACCUCCUGAUAAUGGCAGCUUCAGGCCAGACAAUGUCAUGAAGUUCUGAGCCUCUGCAUCUGUGUUGCACAGCAGUCAAACAAACACCAUUGCUCUCCAGUGGCCCAUAGCCUGGCCACAUCCUCCCAUCUGGCUAUAGUCUCCCUUACGUAAUCCUUAUUAAUUAUCACAGGACCUUUGAAACUAUGAAUCAGAUAAUGUCACUUUUCAGACAUUAUUGUCAUUUGCAAAAGCAGCCGUCAGAACUCCACUCUCAGAAUCUACACCUGGAGGGGAUCACCCCUCCCAUAUGACCUCUGACUUUGGCCAUGUGACUGGCCUUGGCCAAUUUGGAAAGUGCUGUGCACUGGGGCUUGCCUUUCCUUGCUGCUCUUUGGAACCCUGCAACUUCCAUCAUAGGGAACGGCUCCUGGGCUAAGCUGCUGGAUGAUGAGAGACACAUAGUCACUACCAGGACCCGUAUCCAGCAGUUGUUUGUUAGACAUGUGAGUGAGUGAGGCCAUCCCAGACUAUCCAGCCCCAGCUGUGCCAAUUCAGAGGAGAAGAAACUGCACAUUUAACUCACAGCACUGCAAAAGAUAGUGGCUUAAAAGAACACACUUUUACUAAGUUUCAGGCUUACUUGUUACUCAGCAAAAGCUAACUGAUGCAGCUUCUCAGCUCACCAAGGUUAAUUUUUUUUACCCUACUUCUCUUGUAGUUUGGUCUCCAGCUACCUCUCUAAUCUCAACUUCCAGCACUUUCUCCUUAUCCACUAGAAGCCACUGUAGUGUUCCUGUUUUCCUCGAACAUGCCAAGCACACUCCUAACUCAAGGGCUACCUAUUUGCUGUUUCCUCUGCUGAAAUGCUUUCCUUCCAGAAACCAGCAUGCCUUUCUUCCUCACUGAUGUUCAGUCUCUGCUCACAUGUUAUCCCUGUCUUCAUGGUGUCACCCCGUUCUCAUUCCCCUUCCCCUCUAUUUUUUUCUCCACAACAUUUAAUAUUAUUGUACACAUUGUGUGUCUAUUUUUUCUGUCUACCUGCUAUGAGAGAAACUGAAAUUUGUCUGUUUUCUUCACAACUUGGCCACAGUACCUUGAACUGCUCCUGUCACACAGCAACUUAAUAAAUAACCACUUAAAGAA